GUCAAAGGAAGAAAAGCAACAAAAAGAAAACUUGUGACGAGUUUACUGCCACGACGAUUUCUUCUCGGUGAAAAAUCCGUGCUUUCCGGUAUUUACCAUCGGAAAAGCUUACCGCCGUGCAUUUUCGUUUGUGUCUGGCAGCUGGCACUACUGUUGUGUUCGUCGUUUCAAUCCGCACAGGACCGCACACCCGUUUCCCGGCCCGGCAAUCACGUGUCGGGUAGUUGGCAGCAGCAGCGAUUCUCCCGGGAGUCCGGCGUACAGCGAUGGUUCGGUUUUAGGGUUUUUUUUAUCGUAUGUGCGUGCGUGUGUGAUUUCGACUCCCCACCGUCGGAGCAAAUCCUUCAAAACGUCGAGGUUGUGACAAAAGUAUUCAUUUCCCCUCAAACCCACCGUGUUAGCACCGGUUGGCGGACGGGGCUAGUUUCUUAAGGCGAAGGUGUCCGCACCAUCUGAAGGAAAUCUCACCUGCCAAAACUCACGGAAAGACCACGUCACGUCCACCAUGGGUACCGGAACGAAGCGUCUAACAGCCGGCAGCGGCUCGCUGGAUGAGCUGGUCCAGUAUGCAACGAUACACAUCCCGCUGCCGGUGGUGCUGAGCGGUGCCGUGAUGCCGUUCAUGGUCGUGUACGCACUCUGGCUGUACCUGUGGGUGUUUGUUUACGGAAUCGAGGAGUACCAGGAUGCCGGGCUGCUGUUUCUUGCCGGCAUUGGCUUCACGCAGAUCUUCGUGUGUCUGUGCUGCUUCUGGAGCGUGCACGUGCAAACAUUCCUCAACUGCCGCCGAACGAAAGUGCCGUGUGCCGGAGCGGUCGUGAAGGUUGUGCCGACCGAAAACAAUGGCUCCUCGGAGUUGGUGCGCAUUCGCCAGACGAAGGCGGAAGGAGAUGCGAAGCUGGACGGCGAACUCACGUACUGGUUUUUGUUUCAAAAAACCAAAUACAUCUGGGACCCGAACAAGGCCCAGUUCCGGAGCGUCGAGUUUCCCAUCCACAAAACGUACGAGGAGUACUUCGAGUCGAAGGGCCACCUGGACGAUGCGGACGUAACGCUCGCGCAAGCCACCUACGGCGACAACGAGAUGGAGAUGGUGGUGCCGGAAUUUCUCGAACUGUUCAAGGAGCGUGCCACGGCACCGUUCUUCGUGUUUCAGAUAUUCUCCGUGCUGCUGUGGUGCCUGGACGAGUACAUGUACUACUCCCUGUUCACCCUCUGCAUGCUCGUCAUCUUCGAGUGUGUGCUGGUGCAGCAGCAGCUCCGCAGCCUGUCGGAGAUCCGCAAGAUGGGCAACAAACCGUACCAGAUCAACGUGUUCCGCAACCGGCGCUGGCGUCCGAUAAGCUCCGCCAAGCUGGUGCCGGGCGAUCUCGUGUCGGUAACGCGCUCGCAGGACGAAAACAUCGUACCGUGCGAUCUGCUGCUCAUACGCGGCUCGUGCAUCGUGGACGAAAGCAUGCUUACCGGCGAGUCGGUGCCGCAGAUGAAGGAAUCGCUCGAGAACAACACGGACGAGCAUAACAAGGUGCUCGACAUCGAGGCGGACGGCAAGCUGCACGUGCUGUUCCGCGGCACGAAGGUCGUACAACAUUCUGCCCCGAGCAAGGGUGCGAUGCGCUCGCCGGACAAUGGGUGCAUCGGGUACGUGCUGCGCACGGGCUUCAACACAUCCCAGGGCAAGCUGCUGCGCACGAUUCUGUUCGGUGUGAAGCGCGUCACCGAGAACAAUCUCGAAACGUUCGCGUUCAUUCUGUUCCUGCUCGUGUUUGCGGUUGCCGCCGCCACGUACGUAUGGAUCAAGGGGACGGAGGAUCCGGAGCGCAACCGGUACAAGCUGUUCCUGGAGUGUACGCUCAUCCUUACGUCGAUCAUUCCACCGGAUCUACCGAUUGAACUGUCGCUAGCGGUCAACACGUCCCUGCUACAGCUGUCCAAGGUGUACGUGUACUGUACGGAGCCGUUCCGCAUGCCGUUUGCCGGCAAGGUGCAGAUUUGCUGCUUCGACAAGACGGGAACGUUGACGAGCGACAACCUGCUGGUGGAAGGUGUUGCCGGUCUCAAGCAGGAUACCUCGAUCGUACCGAUCGGUGAGAUUCCGGAAGCGACGGCCCACGUACUCGGAUCUUGCCAUUCGCUCGUACAGCUCGACGAAGGCCUGGUGGGUGAUCCGCUGGAGAAAGCCACGCUGACGGCGAUCGAUUGGAACCUUACGAAGGGUGACUCGUGCGUGCCGAAGCGUGGCAAGUUCAAAGCGCUACGAAUCUACCAUCGGUUUCACUUUUCCUCCUCCCUGAAGCGUAUGUCGGUGCUGGCCGGCUAUCUGAUGCCGUUCUCGAACGAAACGUGCUACAUCGGCACGGUAAAGGGAGCGCCGGAAGUGAUCGUGAAGAUGCUAAAGACCGUCCCCGAGCAUUACGAGCGUACGUAUCUGGAGUAUUCGCGCCGUGGUGCCCGCGUGCUUGCGCUGGGCUACAAGAGCUUCGGCACGCUGGACAACAACACCGUGCGGGAGCUGAAGCGCGAUGAUGUGGAGCGUGAUCUUGAGUUUGCGGGAUUCAUCAUCAUCUCCUGCCCGCUGAAGCCGGACUCGAAGUACGCAAUCAAGGAAAUCAUACAAGCGUCGCACAAGGUGAUGAUGAUCACGGGGGACAAUCCGCUGACGGCGUGUCACGUCGCAAAGGAGCUUCGAUUCAGCCGGAGAACGAUCGUCAUUCUUACGCCACCGGAAGAGCUUAACGGAAGCACGGCGGGCGCGGGCGAAUGGCACUGGGAGUCUAUCAACCGGGAGCUACGACUGCCGCUAGAUUCACGAACGGUUAAGGAGCUGUACAAAGAGUACGACUUUUGCAUAACCGGCGAAGGGCUGCAGUAUCUCGGUCGCGAACGUCACGCGUACCUGCAGCAGCUCAUACCGUACGCGACGGUGUUUGCGCGCUUUGCCCCGAAGCAGAAAGAGUACGUGCUAACGACGCUGAAAAAGCUGGGCUACUAUACGCUCAUGUGUGGCGACGGAACGAACGAUGUGGGAGCGCUCAAGCACGCGCACGUCGGCGUGUCCCUGUUGAGCCACAUGCCCUCGCGCUCGGAGCGCAAGCAGCAGCGCGAGCAGCAGGAGGAGAAGGAGGAGAAAAAGAAGGCACUGAAAGCGAGCGGACCCAGUGCGGGAGCGAUCGAGGAUGGUAGCAAUAAUCGGCGGCAGCUAACACCACGCGAACGGGCGAUUAUGCGUGCGCGGGAAAAUCAGAGCGCGGCGCAGGAACGGCUGCAGAAGGCGCUGAAGGAGAUGGACGAGGAGCAGGUGCAGAUAGUGAAGCUGGGCGAUGCGAGUAUUGCCGCACCGUUCACGAGCAGGCUGACAUCGAUCAAUUGCGUGUGUCACAUCAUCAAGCAGGGACGAUGCACGUUGGUGACGACGUUGCAGAUGUUCAAAAUCCUUGCACUGAACGCGCUCAUCUCCGCCUACUGCCAGUCGGUGCUGUACAUCGACGGUGUGAAGCAUAGCGACGCUCAGCUCACCCUGCACGGCCUGCUGACGGCGGCCUGUUUUCUGUUCAUCACCCGGUCCAAGCCGCUGAAGGUGCUGUCGAAACAAGCGCCCCUGCCAAACAUCUUCAAUCUGUACUCGGUGACGACGAUUCUGGCCCAGUUUGCGGUCCACUUCUCUGCCUUGAUCUACAUGGUGCACGAAGCCAAUGCGCGAACACCUCCACGGGAAGGAAAAGUGAAGCUAAACGUGGACCUAGCACCGGACGAGAAGCAAGAGUUUGAGCCGAACAUCGUUAACAGCACGGUGUACAUUAUCGGCAUCGCGAUGCAGAUCGCUACCGUAGCGGUCAACUACAAGGGCCAUCCGUUUAUGGAGAGCUUGCGCGAGAAUCGUUUGCUGUCGUACGCGAUCUUCAGCUCGAGCGCGAUCGUGUUCUGCCUGGCGUUGGGCAUUGUGCCCGAUCUGCUCGAGAUGUUUGAAGUGAUUGACUUUGAUGCCGAUUUCCGGCGGAUACUCGUUGGCGUGCUGAUAGCGGAUAUGGUGCUGGCGUACCUAGUCGAUCGCGUUUGCUCGUUUCUGUUUGGUGAAACGCGUGGAAAGACGGACAUUAUUACUUAAUGCGCUUGCCGUUGCGGGUAAAUAAGAUAUGGCGGCAAUUGGGGAGGCAGGAUGGAUCGACGACCAUUCAAAACAUCUCCUGCCCCCCACCUCAUGCCAAGAGGUUGCACAAGAGUUCACAGCAAAUACUGCGCACCACACGAUCGUUGAAGAGCAGAGUUUGAUUUUGCAGCCAGGUUUAAACAACAUUGGUUUCGAUGUUGAGGAAUCGUUCGUUAGUAUUUCACGAAAACAAUCGGGAAGGAGAGCAAUACGGAGCUAGAAUUCGAAUCGAAUUGCAAUGUAGGUAAGACGGCUCCCGGGGGCACAUUAGAAUAGUUUACUUUAGUUGCAUUUACGUACCCCUUCUAAGCUGCUUGUUGGUGUCACGUGGGUUUAAACGUUUUAGCUGAUUUGUUUUAUGUCUCCAUUGAAUCCAUUUAAUUGUCGAAAGUAGACUGCAUCCAAUCAUUGCGGGAGUGUUUGGAGUGAAAAAAGGGGUUCUUCUCUAUUCACAAGCCAAACCGCGGAACCAUUUUCAAUCAUCAUCGGGAAUGUGUGGCGAGGGGUUUAAUUCUUUAAAUUAUUCUUGAGGCCAAGAUGAGCUUCGGGAGCGUGUCGUAUGUGUUUGACCGGUUUGAAUUGUGUGCAGGGAAGAACAGAAAAAGACUUAUCCAACAUCCCAUUGCGUGAACGGUAUCGAAUUCAAUGAUUACGGGACGCAAACGGAGACUCGAGCAGGGGAGCUAGUAGUGAAAAUGAUAAGCUAAUGAUAAAACAAACGAUACAAAGUUGUGCACCGUUUUCUUGCAGCGUGUGUGUGUAAGUUGAGCGGAACGAAGGGACGCGACAAAAUAGACACAAAUUCCAAAAAUAGA